AUGGCGCCCAGACUCACCAACGUGUAUCUCGUCGCCACGCUGGCGACGAUUGGCGGCUUGUUGCAGGGUUUCGACGUGAGCACGCUCUCCGCUGUGCUCGCCACGCCACAGUACAAAACCUACUUUUCCAAGCCCAACUCGGUGACACAAGGCGGCAUCACAGCCUCCAUGGCAGGCGGGUCCCUGCUCGGCUCAUUCUUUGCUUCGUGGACCGGCGACAGGAUCGGGAGACGAGACUCCAUGGCUGUCGCGUGCAUCAUCUUUAUCUGCGGUUCAAUCUUGAUGAGCGCGGUGCAGAACCGGGCAAUGCUCAUCGUCUCGCGCAUCGUCAACGGCUGGGCUGUUGGCAUGUUGACCAGUCAAGGACCGAUCUAUAUCGCUGAAAUCAGCCCCGCGAGGCGUCGAGGACGUUUGAUCUCGCUCCAGCAGUGGAUGAUUACCUGGGGUAUCCUCAUCAUGUACUACGUCUCGUACGGAACCUCCUUUAUCCAGUCCAACGCCUCGUUCAGAGUACCGUGGGGCUUGCAAAUGAUCCCUGCGGUGGUGCUCCUCAUUUGCGUGCCGUUCAUGCCGCGCUCCCCACGCUGGCUGGCCAGCAAAGACCGGUGGGACGAAGCCUUGAACGUUCUCGCGUCGCUGCGCGCCAACGGAGACACGACAAAUGCUGAGGUGAUAACGGAGAUUCAGGAGAUCCGGGAGCGUGUGCAACAAGAGAUCCAGUACGGAUCUACUUCUUGGGCCGAGGUGUUUUCCAAGCGAAACAUUGUUCGGGUCCACGUCGCCAUCUUUGCACAUAUUUGGGCCCAGUACAGCGGCACCAACGCCCUCAUGUACUACAUUGUGUACAUCUUCCAGAUGGCAGGACUCUCCGGGACGACCAACUUGACCAUCGCCAGCAUCCAGUACAUCAUCAAUGUCGUCAUGACUGUGCCGGCGCUGCUGUUUGUCGACAAGCUGCCACGCCGCCGUGUGAUGAUGGCCGGCAGCGCCCUCAUGGCCGUGUGGCUGUUCUCGACGGGGGCCAUCAUGGCGACGCAGGGUCAUGCCGUCCCUGGUGGCCUCAAGGAUAGCCCGACCAUCACCUGGGUUGUUAGUGACAGCAGUGCUAGCAAGGCGAUCAUUGCGUGCAGCUACCUGUUUAUUGCUACUUUUGCUUGCACUUGGGGACCUAUGGGUUGGAUAUACCCUUCAGAAAUCGUUCCUCUGUACAUUCGCUCCAAGGCCGUGUCCCUGGCGACGUUGUUCAACUGGCUGUGCAACUUCUCCCUGACUUUCAUGACCCCGCCGGCCUUCCAAAACAUCCAAUGGAGGUUCUACAUGAUCUUCGGCACGUUCUGUGUCGCGGCGUUCGUGCACGUCUUCCUCUUCUUCCAGGAGACCAAGGGCAAGAGCCUGGAAGAGAUGAACGACAUAUUCGACAACAACACCUUUGCGUUUGGCAAGAUCAAGGGGCCCCACGAAGACUUUGACGAGCGCGUCAGGCAGGUCGAAACCAAGCUCGGCAGCGGGCAGCAGCACGACGUGCUCGAGGUGGACAUGGUCAAGAAGAUUGGGCAGCUGUCUUAG